AUGUUAAUUAAGGAAACGGAUGAAACUUAUUGUACCUACGAUGAUUAUAAUUUUUUUAAGGGGAAAUUCGAUCAAACUAUCGAAUCAUUAGGUGUUACUCAAGACAUUCAAAACUUUCUUAGUAUUAGAAAAAUUCAUGGUGAUAUACACAAAUUAUUUAUGGGAGACUUUAAUAGAGUAAAACAAUAUUUUGAGAAUUUUAAUACAAAUGAUUCAUGUAGAAAUAGACAGUGUUGCGCUUAUAUAAACUACUGGAUAAAUGAACGAAUUAGGUCACAAGCAUACUCAAAUUAUAGUAAAAAUGUGUCUAUAUUUUCACAUUUCAAAGAUUUUGUCCAUUAUAAUAAUAAUGAUAAUAGUAAUAAUAUGUGUAUAUAUGAUAUAAAAUAUAUGAAUGAUGUGUUAUUUAAAAAAGUAGACGAAUUAUAUAAGUUGUAUUAUAGUUAUUUUGAAAUAUACCUUUCUACAAUUAUACUGGAUUCUUCUAUGGCAUUUGAUUGUCAAUCUCUUAAUGAAUUGAUUAAAAAAUAUAAUAAUAUUAUAAACGAUUAUAAAGAAACGGGUAGCUGCUUUCUGUUUAAAAAAUUAUAUGUUCUUAGGUAUUUAAUUGAAAAUAAUGAAUGGAUGUCUAAACAUAGAUGUGAAAAGGUGUUAUCGACGUUGUGGAAUAAUAAUAAUUAUAAUUAUUUUAAAACAAGUUGCAAUAUAUAUCAUGAAGCAAAGUACUUACAUGAAUAUUCAAGAGGUGUCCAUGCAAAUUCUGAUGGAAAAUUUUCUAAGCAUCUUGCCAGAAUAAGAGUUAUCAUAUCAGUAGCACUUACUACUGUUAUUUUAAUAACAGGGUUUUUAUAUCUCUAUAAGGUUAAAAUAAAUUCUCCAAAAUUUUCAUUUACCGCAUUGGGUAAUUAUUUGCGCCUUCUUAUUGAAGGGGAAAAAAGAAAAUCAUGGAAUAUUAACAACGAAACGUACCAAUAUGAGAUGUGUAAAAGUGAAAAUCAUAACAGCAAUUUAGAAGACAAAAUUUAUAAUAUAUCAUAUGAUUGA